GAGAGAGAGAGGGCAUACAGAAAGAGAGGAGUGUGUAUUGUGCGCGUGGAUGUAAUCGGCUGCCUCACUGACUGACUGACUGUGUGUGUGUGUGCAUGUGUGUGUCUGUGUGUGUAUGUGACAGAGCGAGAUCAGGAGAGGGCAGGACGCGUGGAGACCGCUCUGCGGGACUGGAUGUGUUUGGCGUCACAGACAGGAAACACGCCAGCGCAACAAAGAGAGUGUGGCGGACGCAGGCUGCUGACUGAGCUGCAGGAGGACGCAGAGCGUGGAGGAGUAAGCAGACGAGGCAGAAGAGCACACGAGACCUGAGUGACCGCGGCCAUGGCGAGCAAUAACACGGCCAGCAUCGCACAAGCCCGGAAGCUGGUGGAGCAGCUGAAGAUGGAGGCCAACAUCGACAGGAUAAAGGUGUCCAAAGCAGCAGCGGACUUGAUGUCGUACUGCGAAGCCCAUGCCAAAGAGGACCCCCUGUUAUCGCCAGUGCCCGCCUCGGAGAACCCGUUCAGGGAGAAGAAGUUCUUCUGUGCCAUCCUGUAAACUCGACGCGGCCCUUCAGCAAGUCAGCUCGGUGUGGGACUUUGAACUCCGACGUUCAAAACAUGUAGAAAUCUUCUAGUAGGGAGGGCGCGGCGACUAUUGCCCCCCUUUUCUUGAGCGGCACCUAAAGAGUGCAACAAAUUAAAAAAAAAAAACCCAGAGUUGACGUGUAACUACUAAAGGGGGUUGUGAUUGCAGUUUUUCCAGGGUGUGUGAAGAGGCUCUUAGAUGACUUUAACAAAUGAGGAGGAGGAGGAGGAGGAGGAGGGAGGAAGAGUGUGACGUUAAUCACCCAGAGAUGUGAUGGAAAACCAGUCAGCCUACCGAGUCUUCAGGUUGUGAUGUGUACAAACAAAAAAAAGAUAGCUAAAAUGAGAAUAAACAUAUUUUGUGGUUGUUUUGGGACUUCCAGAUGUUUCGUUAAAUGGCUUGUGGGCGGGUUGAGCGACGUAGGACAGCAGACGGGGACGACGCCUACCACUACACACCACCUAAUUAUUGGAAUCUCUUUUUUUUUAAGUUGUUUAUUUUGUGUUCAUUCCAACUUUACCUAGAUAUCUUUAUAUGACUGUAUGUGCUUACUGAAGUCUCUCUCUUUCUCUCUUUUUUUUUACACCAACAGGUUAGUGACAGCUUUUUUAAUGGGAUGUUUGAAACAUUCGACUCUGUGACUAUAUUUACACCUUUACCUUUCUGAAAA